AAACCCUAUUUAAUAACAUGCCUUAGCCCACUGCUUUCUCCCAUGCACUAGUCUCCCUCUUCCUGAUCUCUUCCUCUCAUAUCCCACAACAACAUAAUUACUUCCAUCUCUCUCUUCUCUCUCUCUACCCUUAUCUAAUUCCCUUCUCUCCAUAAGUAGUUGUCUCCUCUCUCAAACAUUUCCUCCAUCUUUCCCUCAUUCCCUUAUCUUAUAUAUUCUGCUUCGAUCUGCUCUGACAACUAAACUACCACUCUUGCUCUAGCUGCUCGCCUCAGGUUUUCUGUUUUCCUCAGGCCAUAUAUCCAGCUCCUUCAUUCUCAUCAAGUCUAUAUAUUAAUUGAACUACUGCUCCUACCUCUUCCGUCUGACAAGUACCUGAAACUAAAAGAGCUAGCGAGUCCUUCCAACAAUGUCUGGCAGAAGAUCAUCACGUUCGAGGCAGUCGGGCGGUUCCAGGAAUAACAACAUCAGCGACGAUCAGAUCGCUGAUCUCGUAUCCAAGUUACAGCAACUUCUUCCUGAGAUUCGCAAUAGGCGCUCGGACAAGGUGUCAGCAUCCAAGGUCCUGCAGGAGACUUGCAACUACAUCAAAAACUUACACAGAGAGGUCGACGACCUGAGUGACCGCUUAUCUCAGCUUUUGGCUACGACUGACAUGGAUUCCGACCAAGCCGCCAUUAUCCGGAGCUUACUUAUGUGAUCGUCGAUCCACCAUUACUAUUACUCUAUAUAUGAAGUCUCUGUUUUGGUCAUGAUCAUCAACGAGUCUGUUCUAGCUAGCUACAUAUAUGUCUGGCUAAGCUAUAGCUAGGGUUUGAUCAUUAGUCACAAUUAUGAAAGUGUUUACACAUGGAUGCAUGGACGUCUUCAUCGAUCUCCAUGGUAUCGCUUUCCAAGUCUUCUAGUAACUAAUUAACUUCAUAUAUAUAUAAUAAAGCGCUUUUCCUUGUAGAAGUUCUAACUAA